CUUUAGCUUCAAUUGAGAAUUUUUGUUUUGUUGAUGAUUGUGGAGAUUCAUCACCAUUUUCCUAAUUAACCUUUACUUUUAAUUGUUCCUUUGUUCUCAAUAUUUUUUGAAUAAAUUGUUCUCAUCUUUGGUGAAUUAAAACCAUGGCUAAAAGGAAAAAGGCUUCUUCCGAUAUCUCUUCAAGCUCAAAUGAGGACGAAGAUUGGCAAGAAAAUGGUAAAAGUCAUGCCAAGAGUAAGCCUAAGCAGCGAGUUAAAAAAAUUCCCAAAGAAGAAGAAGAAGAAAAAGAGGAAGGAGAAGUUGAGGAUGAGGACGAUGAUGAAGAUUCCGAAGGUUUUAAUGAUGGUUAUGAUGAAAAUCUGAUCGGUGAUGAAGAGGAUCAAAUGAGAUUGGCCAAUAUGAAUGAAAAGGAAAGAGAAAUGGAACUGUUUGCUCGAUCCGAGAAAAGAGAAGUCCUAAAGACUAGAUAUGAGAUAGAAAGGAAAUUGAGGAUGGCCAAGAAAAAGGAAAUGAUGCAAAGUCAAACCAAAAUGCGAAGCAAUGAAAGAAGACGAAACAUGGAGGAAAAAAGAAAAGUCAAAAACGCGAUCAAAGGUUUAAAAGAACAAAGAGAGAAAAGGAAACAGAAACAACGUCUACGUGCUAUCGACAUUUAUUCAUCUUCAUCUUCUUCCGAUGGUGACGAUGAUGACGAGAAACCCAUCAAGAAGAAAUCAUCAUCAUCAUCAUCCAGUUCUAGUUCAAGUGAUGAAAGUGAUGAUGAUAAAGGAAGACGACGUAGUGAUAAAGACGAUGAAGACGGUGAUGGAGGUGAUGAUAGUGAUGAAGAAGUUAAGGAAAAGGUGGAAGAUUUCAUCUUAACUCUGGAAGAAUUGUCAAAGAUAAAGCUUAGUCGUUAUCGAUUACAUGAAUGGUGUCAUAUACCUUUCUUUAAAGAUACAAUUAUUGGCUGUUUUGUAAAAGUUUUCAUUGGAUAUCGAGAACGUAGCACUACAGAGGAGAAAGUUCCUGUUUAUAAAAUUUGUCAAAUUGUAAACGUUCUGGAUGGUGCAAAAACCUACAAAUUGGAUAACACUUUGACCAAUAAGACAGCGUCAGUAAGACAUGCUGGUGAUCUGAAAACAUUUAGAUUUGAAGUUUUCUCAGAUAAGCCAUUCAGCCAAACUGAAUUUGACGAAUGGAAAUUCCGUAUGGAACGUGAGAGACUUGAAUUACCCGGUAAAGAUUUUAUCACCAAGAAACAGACGGAGAUUAAAAACGCUAUCAAUUAUAGCUACAAAGAAGCGGACAUUGAGGCGAUUGUCAAAGAGAAAGAGAAAUACAAAUCAACACCAGUUAAUUUUGCUGUUAAAAAGACUGAACUUCUUAAACAAAAAGAAAUGGCCGAGCAACUUGGUAACCUAGAGGAUGUUGAAAAAAUUUCCAAUGAGAUUGAAGAUCUUGAAAGUAAAGCAAAAGAAUUAGAUUUAAAAAGGACACAAACUAUUCAUGGUAUAAGUUAUAUUAAUGAAAGAAAUAGAAUGAGAAAUAUAAUUGAAGCGGAAAAGGCAAUUUUGGAAGGUAGAGAAAAGGAAAAGGAACAAGUUGACGAUCCAUUUAGAAGGCGAAAAUGUGCACCAAUGUUGGUACAUAAGUUCGGCCGCGGAGCAAAUGCCUCGACACCAGUUAAUUCUGAAUCGUCUUCCACUUUAGACUCAAUUGUACCCAAACCUGGUUUAACUCCAUCAAAGGAAGGAAUCAAAUUGGAAAAAGAUAUUACCAAUCCUGGUGGAUCACCUAAGCCAAAUGAACCUGAAAAUAAUGAUCUUUAUUCUGCUCAUAAUUUCGAUAUUCACAUUGAAUUUAAUAUCCCAGGAACAAUGAACAAUUCAAAUGCUUCAUCAAGUUCAUCUUAUUCUCCACUUUAUCCUUCCCAUUCACUCACCUCAUCAUCUUCCAGGCCAUCGGCACCUAAUCGUCGAUCAUUAAACCUGGAAGAAUAUAAAAAGAAAAAGGGUUUAAUCUAUUCCAUGGGAGACGAAGAGAUGCUUGAACCUUCAUUGAGAAAUAUUCUAGAAUUGGAAUCAUUGAAAUGGGUUUUUGUCGGUGGCAAGGGAGGAGUUGGUAAGACUACCUGUUCUUGUAGUCUUGCUGUUCAAUUGGCUAAACGUCGUCCAUCAGUUUUAAUCAUCUCAACUGAUCCAGCUCACAAUAUAAGUGAUGCUUUUAAUCAAAAAUUUUCCAAAGUACCAACAUUGGUAAAAGGAUUUACCAAUCUACAUGCAAUGGAAAUCGAUCCAAACCUUGGAGUUGCUGAAUUACCUGAUGAAUUUUUACAAGAAAGUGAUCCUUUAAGAGGUGCAUCUAAAUCCGUUAUCUCUGAGCUUCUCGGUGCUUUACCUGGUAUAGAUGAGGCUAUGUCUUAUGCUGAAGUGAUGAAACUGGUUAAUUCAAUGAACUUUUCAAUUGUAGUGUUUGACACCGCUCCAACUGGUCACACUCUACGACUUCUAUCAUUUCCUGCUAUGGUUGAAAAAGGUUUAGGUAAAUUGUUGAGAUUUCAAUCUCAUCUAUCACCAAUGAUUUCUAAUUUCGCUAGUCUUUUGGGACUCACUGAUUUCUCACCCGAUGCCAUGUCAGCCAAGAUUGAGGAAAUUUUACCAAUCAUACGAACGGUUAAUGAACAAUUCCGUAAUCCCAGCCUGACAACUUUCGUCUGUAUUUGUAUACCCGAGUUUUUAUCCCUCUAUGAAACGGAAAGAUUGGUCCAAGAAUUAACUAAAUGUUCAAUUGACACUCAUAACAUUGUGGUCAAUCAAUUACUGUUUCCCAAAAAGUCCGAUGAUAAACCAUGUCCAAUGUGCACCGCUCGGAUUAAAUUACAGAACAAAUAUUUAGAACAGAUAAUGGAUCUUUAUGAGGAUUUUCAUGUUGUUAAAUUACCACUUUUGGAUCAUGAAGUUCGUGGUGCUGAACAAAUUGUUGAAUUCUCGAAAAAUUUGUUAUUUAGUUUAUCAAUUGUUACCCAUUUAAUUGUUGUGAAUCAACUAACAAUUAUGAGUGGGAAAACAUCAUCAACAUCGUUAAUAACAAUUAGGACAUGUUUAUUAAUUUUUAUUGUUAGUAUUUGCCUUAAUCAACAAUUAGCCCAAUCCAAAAGGUUAUCAAAUGGACGAGCUCUUCUUAAAGCGAAAACCUUGACCAAUCCAAACAAGAAAGUGGUUUGCUAUUAUACUAAUUGGUCACAAUAUCGACCCAAUCAAGGUAAAUUCGUGCCUGAAGAUAUUGACCCCGAACUUUGUACUCACAUAAUCUUCGCCUUCGGUUGGCUGAAGAAGUCGAAAAUAUCGGCUCACGAUCCCACCGACGAGACCAAAGCGGGUAAAAAAGGACUCUACGAACGGACAACCGAACUCAAGCUCAAAAAUCCCAAGCUCAAAGUCCUACUUGCGAUCGGUGGUUGGACAUUUGGAACCGAAAGAUUUAAAACUUUGAGCUCCAAUGCUUAUAAUCGUCGUUUAUUCAUCUUCAGUGCCAUGGAAUUUUUGAGAGAACGAAACUUUGACGGUUUAGAUUUGGACUGGGAAUUUCCAAGAGGAAAAGAUGAUAAACAAAAUUUCGUCGAACUUGUAAAGGAACUGCGAGAAGCCUUUGAAGCGGAAGCAAAGGAAAAAAAACUUCCUCGACUGUUACUGACCGCGGCAGUUUCCGCUGGAGCCGAUACCAUAAAAUCAGGCUAUGAUGUACCCGCUGUUGCUGCAUAUCUUGAUUUCUUGAACAUCAUGUCAUAUGAUUUCCAUGGAAAAUGGGAAAGUAAAACUGGUCACAAUGCUCCACUUUAUGCCCAAGCCAAUGAAAGUGAAUGGAGAAAAAUGCUUUCCAUAGAUUAUGGGGUCAAAUUAUGGGAGAAAUUGGGAGCACCCAAGGAGAAAAUUGUCGUUGGAAUGGCCACUUAUGGACGUAGUUUUACCUUGGCUUCGCUUGAACACCAUGGGAUGAAUGCACCUUCAGCAGGAGGAGGAAAAGCCGGUGAAUUUACUAGAGAAGCGGGUUUCUUGGCUUUCUAUGAAAUUUGUGACCUUCUCAAAGAUGGUACAGCAACAUACCUUUGGGAUGAUGAGCAAAAGGUCCCCUACUUGGUUAAUGGUGAUCUUUGGGUUGGAUUUGAUGAUGAAAGGUCAAUUCGUAAUAAGAUGAAAUGGAUUAUUGAUAAUGAUUAUGCUGGAGCCAUGGUUUGGACUGUUGAUAUGGAUGAUUUUUCAGGCCGAUGUACUGGUGUUAAAUAUCCAUUGAUUGGUAUCAUGACCGAAGAGUUGAUGGGUCGACCAGCUCCACAAUCUUCCUUUAAUGCCGUUGUUAAACGCGCCUCAGCUCGUCCUCUUACCUCACCUAAGCCAACAACCCCCAAUGCUGAGACUAAUUUGAUUGAGAAAAAAUCGGAUAUUGGAACAACUUUACUUCCAGAUAAUGCAAUAACCGAAUCAGAAAUCGAUCCUAAUUCAACUAAUGCUCGGAUAAUUUGCUAUUUCACUAAAUGGUCACAAAAACGUCCCGGUGCUGGUAAAUUUGAACCUGAGAACAUUGAUCCAACCCUAUGCACCCACCUUGUCUAUGCUUUCACCGGACUAAAAGAUCACAAAUUAGACGAAGAAUCCGAAGAUCCAUCGAUUCUCGCUUCAUUGGUCAAACUGAAAGAGAAAAACCCUGACCUUAAAUUAUUAUUAGCCGUCGGUGGUUGGAUGGUCGGUCCAGCUCCAUUCAAAGCUUUAACCGAGAACGUUUAUCGUCAAACCUCAUUUACCUUUAGCACCAUUGAAUUUUUAAGAAAAAUCGGUUUCGACGGGUUAGACUUAUGUUGGGAAUUCCCUCGAGGACCCGACGAUAAGGCCAAAUUUACCGGACUGAUUAAAGAAUUGAGAGAAGCGUUUGAGGGAGAAGCAAAAGGUUCUAAAAAAUCUCGAUUACUAUUAAGUGCCGCUGUUCCAGCCAGUUUCGAAGCCGUUGCCGCUGGAUAUGAUGUCCCACAAUUAAACAAUUACUUGGAUUACAUGAGUGUGAUGACUUACGAUUUCCAUGGAGAUUGGGAACACGCAGUUGGUCACAAUAGUCCACUUUUCCCGUUAAAUAGUGCCACUGGUUACCACAAGAAGCUGACAGUGGAUUUCAGUGUCUCUGAAUGGGUCAACAAAGGAGCAUCAAAGGAGAAACUGGUUGUAGGCCUACCGACUUAUGGACGUACCUUUACACUCCAAUCAUCCAAUUUAACCGAUAUCGGAGCACCGGCAAUAAAAGGAGGUUUACCAGGUCAAUUUACCCGUGAAUCUGGAUUCCUUUCAUUCUUUGAAGUCUGUGAUUUACUUAAACAAGGAGCAACUUUAGUUUGGGACAAUGAACAAAUGGUUCCUUAUGCAUAUAAAGAUGACCAAUGGGUUGGAUUUGAUGAUCUCCGUAGUUUUAAAAUUAAGGUUCAAUGGUUAAAACAAGCCGGUUACAGCGGCAUAAUGAUCUGGUCUAUUGACAUGGAUGAUUUUAAGGGAACCUGCAUGGGUUUCAAUUACCCAUUGAUAAAUGCAGCAAAGGAAGAGCUAAGAGGUUAUCGAGUUGCUAACCUGGAAACCUCAAGCAGCAAUUUAAAUAAUGCAAUUGGCCAAAAAUUAGAUAAAGAUGAAGUUUCUUGUGAAGAGGAGGAUGGACACAUUAGUUAUCAUAAGGAUAAAAAAGACUGUACCAUGUAUUAUAUGUGUGAAGGGAAACGGAAACAUCAUAUGCCUUGUCCACAGAAUCUUGUAUUCAACAUAAAGGAAAACGUUUGCGAUUGGCCUGAGAAUGUUGAAGAAUGCGCUUCAUUAGCAGCACCUAAAGUUUAAUUAAUUAUUUCAUCUAAUUAUCUUCUCAAUCAUCAAUUUUAAAUUCAAGCUAAUUCACUUCACAACAAAAAGAACUAUUGAAAUUACAUAAAUGAUCAAACAAAAAAUGGACGAUGGUCAACAAAAAGACAAGAUAAUAAUAAGAAAGUUGAUAAUGAUAGUAACUUUAAUCAUCCAUCAUUUACAUUUGUAUUUUGUGCCGCAUCGUAUUUCAUAUAAGGAGAAUUUAAUUUAGAUCAUAGUUUUUUUAUCAUCACAAAUGAAAUUAAUCACUAUCAUUGUUGACAUCGUCAUUACCAUCAUCAUCAUCAUAAUUAUCACCAUCAUCUUCAUCUCGCCGUCUUUAAACUCUUUUCAUCUAUUGCCAUCAUCUUAAUAAUUAUCAUCAUCAUCAUCAUCACAAUAACAAACAAACAAAUUCCAUCAGUUA